AGUGGAAAGAAUGUUCCUUACAUUGGUGGUCAUUGAGAAUAAUUCCCUUUACUUUGAUGGUCAGUACGAAGAAUGUUCCUUACAUUCGUGGUCAGUGGGAAGAAUGUUCCUUACAUUGGUGGUCAUUGAGAAUGCCCUUUACUUUGAUGGUCAGUACGAAGAAUGUUCCUUACAUUGGUGGUCAUUGAGAAGAAUGCCCUUUACUUUGAUGGUCAGUACGAAGAAUGUUCCUUACAUUCGUGGUCAGUGGGAAGAAUACUCCUUACAUUGAUGGCUAGUGGGAAGAAUGUUGCUUAUAUUAGUGGUCAGUGGAAAGAAUGUUCCUUACAUUGGUGUUAAGUGAUAAAAAUGACUCUUACAUUGGUGGCCAAAGGGAUGAAUGCUUCUUAAAUUGGUGGUCAGUGGGAAAAAUGCUCCCCAUACUGAU